GUACAGGCAGAGAGUGAAGCACUGCGAAAGACAUGCCUGCUCUCCAGCACUCUCCUCCAGUCUCUAUACUCCAGAGCGCAGAGGAUCAGCUCCUGCAGACGUCCCUUUUCUGCCUGUCAGUUGCUCCUUCUGAGCCUCUUUCUCUCCUUUGCUUGAUAUCCCAGCCCUGACGCAGAUAGAUCGAAAUCACCCUUUACUACAGCCCAGCUCGCUGUAAUAAUUGUGUCUCUGACAGAGGGAGGGAUUUUAUCCCCCAGUUUGUGAUAAUGCAUGCAAAUGUUCCCUGGUUCCGCUUCUGACUGCUGCCACACACUAUAACAAUCACAUCAUCCAGGAGUGGAGACUUUCUAGGACCUCCGAGUGGUGACCUGUGUACUGAUUCCCUGGAGCGCUGAGGAAUUUCCUUGGCGAAAGGCACAAAGAAGGCAUCUGUUUACGAUUGGAAAGGUGGAUCUUGCUCAGCAUUUGACAGCAACAGGGACCUCCUCGUUGGAUCUAAGUGUAAAGACCUCAGAAGGCUGGUGUGACGUGAGCCACUCCAACAGAGGGGGGUUGAGGACCUGCUCAUGAUUUUAAUGCACGACGGAUACAAAUACCUAAAUUUCUCUGAGAGAGACCUGGAAGUUGUAUAAGGGAGCCAGCUUAGGGACCCUGAAGGGAGACUUCUCGUGGGGAUCAGUGGGACCUUGUUAUCACACGUCUAGGUGAAUUGGACGCUCAAGUGAGGAUCAGGAUCUGUUGUUGGGAAAUAAAGUUGGAGAAAGUAGGAAGUGGCUGAUCCUGCACUGGGGGGGUUGGAGUGACCGUGAAGACGACGAAGGGAGAAGGAAAGGCAGCAGGAGCCCCUGCCGGGAAUAUGGGCACUUUGCGGGACUUGCAGUACGCUUUGCAGGAGAAGAUCGAGGAGCUCAGGCAGAGGGAUGCUCUUAUAGAUGAGCUAGAGCUGGAGUUAGACCAGAAGGACGAGCUCAUUCAGAAAUUGCAAAAUGAGCUGGAUAAGUAUCGAUCUGUAAUUAAACCGGCCACCCAGCAAGCUCACAAACAAACUACCAACACCUUAGGGGAGCAGAGGACCAAGCGGCAGGCUAUUUCAGCCGAGCCAACUGCUUUUGACAUCCAGGAUCUCAGCCAUGUCACUCUUCCUUUCUACCCCAAGAGCCCACAGUCCAAGGAUUUAAUUAAAGAAGCGAUCCUCGACAAUGACUUCAUGAAGAACCUAGAGAUUUCCCAGAUCCAAGAGAUAGUGGAUUGUAUGUAUCCUGUUGAAUAUGGCAAAGACAGCUGUAUCAUCAAGGAAGGGGACGUGGGGUCACUGGUCUAUGUCAUGGAAGAUGGCAAGGUAGAAGUCACAAAAGAAAGUGUGAAGCUAUGCACCAUGGGACCAGGGAAAGUAUUUGGAGAACUUGCUAUUCUGUACAACUGCACCCGCACAGCAACCGUCAAAACUCUUGUGAAUGUGAAGCUAUGGGCAAUCGAUCGACAAUGUUUUCAAACUAUAAUGAUGCGGACAGGGCUAAUCAAGCACACAGAAUAUAUGGAGUUUUUAAGAAGCGUACCAACAUUCCAGAGCCUUCCUGAAGAAAUAGUUAGUAAACUUGCUGAUGUACUUGAAGAGACUCACUAUGAAUGUGGAGACUACAUCAUCAGACAGGGUGCUCGAGGGGACACUUUCUUCAUCAUCAGCAAAGGGAUGGUGAAUGUUACCAGAGAAGAUAACCCGAACGAAGAUCCAAUAUUUCUCCGCACUUUAGGAAAAGGUGACUGGUUUGGAGAGAAAGCUCUUCAGGGGGAAGAUGUACGGACGGCAAAUGUAAUUGCUGCAGAGGCUGUGACUUGUCUUGUCAUCGACAGAGAUUCUUUCAAGCAUUUGAUUGGAGGUUUAGACGAUGUUUCUAACAAGGCAUAUGAAGACGCUGAGGCUAAGGCAAAAUAUGAAGCAGAGGCAGCGUUCUACGGCAAUCUCAAGCUAACAGAUUUCAACAUCAUUGAUACGCUUGGUGUUGGGGGAUUUGGCAGAGUGGAGCUGGUGCAGUUGAAAAGUGAGGAAUCAAAAACAUUUGCAAUGAAGAUCCUCAAAAAGCGUCACAUAGUAGACACCAGGCAGCAGGAGCACAUUCGAUCUGAAAAGCAAAUAAUGCAGGGGGCGCACUCUGACUUCAUUGUAAGGUUAUACAGAACAUUCAAGGACAGCAAGUAUCUAUAUAUGCUGAUGGAAGCCUGUCUGGGUGGUGAGCUUUGGACUAUUCUCAGGGACAGCAAAGCAACACCAGGAGUAACUCAAACUGUCUAUAACAAAGCAACACCAGGAGUAACUCAAACUGUGUAUAAAGGCUCAUUUGAAGAUUCUACAACGAGGUUUUAUACGGCUUGUGUAGUAGAGGCCUUUGCUUAUCUGCAUUCCAAAGGGAUUAUUUAUAGGGACCUCAAACCAGAGAACCUUAUUUUGGAUCAUCGAGGUUAUGCAAAGCUGGUUGACUUUGGCUUUGCAAAGAAAAUAGGCUUUGGUAAGAAAACAUGGACUUUUUGCGGAACCCCUGAAUAUGUAGCUCCAGAGAUCAUCUUGAACAAAGGUCACGACAUUUCAGCAGACUACUGGUCACUGGGAAUCUUAAUGUAUGAACUCCUGACUGGCAGCCCCCCAUUCUCAGGUCCAGACCCUAUGAAGACUUAUAACAUUAUACUGAGAGGAAUUGACAUGAUUGAGUUUCCAAAGAAGAUUACCAAAAAUGCUGCUAAUCUAAUAAAAAAACUAUGCAGGGACAAUCCCUCAGAAAGGUUAGGAAACUUGAAAAAUGGAGUGAAAGACAUCCAAAAGCACAAAUGGUUUGAAGGCUUUAAUUGGGAAGGUUUAAGAAAAGGUACUCUGACACCUCCUAUAAUACCAAGUGUAGCAUCACCGACGGACACAAGCAAUUUUGACAGUUUUCCAGAAGACAACGACGAUCCUCCGCCUGAUGACAACUCAGGAUGGGACAUUGACUUUUAAUGCAUUUUUCUUACCUGCUUCUGCCUUGCUGAAGACAGCUUUCCUGAAACAUGGCUGCCUAGAGAACAAAAGAAGGAAUUAGGGAAGAUUAAUGCUCGGGGUCACCAUGAUGCCUUGAUUGAUGCUGCUAUAGUAACUACAGUGGCAUUAGGACUUAUUGCUUAGUUCACAAUAACCCUCUUUAACAUAUUUUAUGUUAUGACCUUUAAAUAGCAGUUGACAUGGUGGUCCUGAAGCAACGCCUCUCAUUCAGAAAAAAUAAAAUAAAAAUACAUGCAUUCUAUUAUAGCAGAGAUCACAGUUAACCUUUGGAACAGUAUAGAGUAAAAUGUAUGACAAAUGUACAUAUUUUGUAGCUAGCACUAUCCAUAGGAAGGAAUAAUUUAUUUUGGUUCAGCCGUCCACGGAUGGUAGGGAUGCCUCAGUCUUUAGAAGACUAAUGUGUAAUGCUGCCUCUCUAGCCCUAGUAUUACAGCUCUCACCAUCCUCUGGCUGGCUGGGGCCGAUGGGAGUAGUAAGUCAGCAGCAGCUUUAGAGUCAGAAUUGCAUGUUCCUCCUUUAAAGUACUUAAAUCAAUGGCUUAACUGCAGGUCAGAGAAAAUAAUAGAGGGAAAUAUUUAUUAAUGUUUUACCCUAGUUGCGUCCUGCUGAAAACAAUCCUUUCUUUUCUUUCAAACAAAAUGUGGCAAAUUUAUUAACUUGCACCCAUUACCCCCAUAGAACGGAUGCUGACAUUUUUCUGGCUGAGCAAUAUUCACGAGAAUGCAGCCAACUAACUGGUUUAGUAGUAACUAAAGGCAUCUCUGAGGUAUGAGGUACUCUGUGCCUCAUUCACAUCACAAGUUCAUAGUAAAUGAUCAUGCAGUAUUCAGAAUAUUAGUUCAGCCCACAAAAAAAGCCUGGCACCUCUGUGUUGUAGGCAAUGGGUGCACCCAGGGCUGCCGAGAGGAUGCUGUGGCUCUAGUGCAGCAACUUCUCACCCAUGCCGCCAUCCCGCAUAAUAAGGGUGUGUGAUCGUGUGGACCAAUAGGAAGCCGUAAACUCUCUGCUGUUGGUCUGUGCAGUAAUCUGUCCUUUUGAUUUGGCUCUGCAGCUCCCUAAGUUGGGUGGAACCAAAACUAUGGGCCCCAUACUGCUCUGGGUUUCGGCCACCCCUUUUACAAUGGGCCACUGCAGCCGGUCCCCAAGGCAGGUCUGGCUCCAGGUGUUUGUACCUCUCCCCUCUUGGUGGCUCUGGGUUCACUGUGAUAUACUGUAUAUGGUACAAGUUUUCCCAAUAAAGUAACGAACAGGAUUUUGGUUACAUUCUACUCAUUGUGAGGACCACAAUCAUUUGGUCAUUAUGUGUUCAUGUCAAAUCAAUUCUUGAAGUUGUGUUUUUUUUUACUUGUGUUCAUGACCAGACUGAAUGUUAACCUCUCUCUUUUGUUAGAUUUUUAAAAAUUCUAAUAAUAAAAAGCACAACUGUUGCAUUUGCUGUUGAUAAUGAAAGGUAUCAAUUCAUUUGUCCAUCUUCAUCUACGGUUCUGAAUGUAGUUAGUUAGGAGCUGUACCAUACAUUUGUGCUCUAGACGGAAGUGACAAAGGUUUUCAAGUCAUCAUGGGCUACAAAAUGUGACUUUGGGAACUUACACCUAUUUCAAGAAAUGAAUAGAGAUCGGAUAGGACAACUACUACUUUUCCUAGUCAGUAAACUGCAGCUGCCAAUGUGCUCAGAGGUUAAUUGAGGAUGAAAAAAAUCUGAAGCUGAAGGGUCACUAUCAUGAAAAACUGGUAAUGUUUUCAGUUGUAAAUUUUGCAACCUAGCCUGGUGUCCUGUUAUUGGUGCUACAGACAUAGCAGUCCCAUCCUGCGCCCCCUGAAGAUGCUGCACCACCCUAUCCUGCCCCCACUAUGCCCUGCCCCCUCUCUACUUACUGCUCCAUCCCACCCCGCCCCCUUUAUACUGAUUUGUCCUGUCCUGCCCUCUGAUCUUUCACGCCCCAUACUUACCCCAUUCCUGGCAGCCUAUCUGACUAAGUCAGGGUGUGUGUCAUGCCCCCACUGGCUGCCACUGCUACAGCAAUGUGCCAUUCCACCCGCCACCCAUCUAUGCCAUCCCCACCAACCCCCCCCACCCCCACCCCCUGCAUACUGUGCUGACCUGGUAACCACAAAGUCUGCAACUCUGAAAUAUUUAAAUUUAUAUAUACAGUAUAUAUUUACAUAUAUACAUAUAAGAAACUGCUAAACAGUGUCUGUUAGACGAUGUGGCCUCACUCAGGAUACCUAGGCUUUGGACAUCGGCCUAAAAUGACCUGAAAGGUUGCAGAAAUAACAAUGACGUAUAUACUGGGUUCAGUGUACCUUUCAUAGUAUUACAGUAUCUUUAAACAUGAAACACCGUUUUGAUGAUAGUGUCCCUUUAAGAAGCAUUAUAGCCAAGAAGCUAGUGAUCUUGUCAAGGACUUAAUUUAGUUCUCAAAAGGAAACCUCUUACCGUAUAUGACAGACAGCAGUCCGUUGUGUCUUGUGGGAGUAGAGCGCUGUGAUGCAUACACUAAAAAGGGCAUUUAAAUGAGGUUGAGGUUCAUGUAAUACACGUUCUCCUAAAUGAUAUCAGUCAGUGUCAGAUAAGCUCUCUUCACUUUUUUUUAUAGGUGCUAUGUAUAUACUUGAUCUGAUACAUGUGUAUAGCUCAAUCAGCAAUCCUUAUAUGUGUGAAAAGCAUUUUUAAUGAGUAUCCCAAAGCUCAAAUCUGUGAUAAUAAUAAAUAAAUUGCCUGGCUUAUCUCCAAUAGUUAAGGCAAUACAGAUCUGUUUUACUGCAAGUUCCCACAAAAUAAGCUAGAUAACAUGGGUUCUAGCAAUGUACCAAUCACUUGGUAAUUUUAUAUACAGGUAUCUACUGUUAAAUUCUGACACAUAACCAAGUAGACUAGUAUAACAUAUAUUGUGAAUUCCCAGAAUUGUAACAUCAAUCAGUUCUGUUCUACUCUUGGCCACCUAAAGUUUUAUGUACAGCAACCCAAGUGUAUUUAGAGUCAGUAUGUAGCAAUAAACCAAGGUGAGCAAGAUAACUAGUCUAUUAAUGGAAAUGCUGACAGUGUAUGUGUAAUAUGAUAAAUGUAUACUAUAGAAAGGUGAGUCUAAUUAUACACAUGCCCAGUGCAAAGAUAAAUGCCCUGCUGAAAUAAUAUUGUUCGGUCUUGAAGCAUCAUACUAUAUAUGUCCAAUAAGAACAUAGACAGAACUGUAUAUACUGUAUACUGUAACUACCUCUGUUGUAGGGGAUAGCUACUUUUAUCAAUGUGGCAUAUGGCGAUUGUUAAGGUAGAACGGCAUACAUGAUAUGAACUAUCUAAUGGUACGGUUGCCACUGUACUUCCUAGCUCUAGAGCACCCUUCCCUUGAAAUCCUCCCACUGUAAUCUAUCCAAAGACUGGAGCACCAUUUUACUGUAGAUUUUGUAAUCUUUACAAAGCAGAUUUAAUUUGCUUUGUUAUUGGCACAGCCUAAAUAUUUAGGUUUAAUGUUAAGUUUCAGGACAAACAUUUUCAUGCAACUCUUCUCACGUCAUGUUGGACUUGCAUUGCAGCUCCCUCUAGUGGCAAAGAGUUGAGGAAAUGGCACACUGAUAAUUCUUCCAUUUGGAUAUCAGGCUAUAGAUAGUAAGAAAUAAACAAAAAUAACAUCAUUUCCAUCAUUUACCAUCAUUACUCAUAUUAUUUCAUCGGUGUCAUGUCUAGUGAUUAUGUCUGAGUUCAAAUUUGUGGGCACUUUCAUUAUUCCAUAGGUUUCACCUAUAGCUUAGCUUGGGGAAACCAUGAAAAUGUAUAUGAGCACAUUAAACAACUGUAUAAAGGAGGGAGGUGGGCUAUUGGGUAGGCAAUAUGAAAUAGUAUACGUAGAAAACUCAUUGGUGACAUACACACUACUGUAAGCUAUGUGACAAGAUUUACAAUAUAUCAUAGUAAUAUUUUACAUGUCAUUUUAUUCAUGAAAGCUACAGUAUCAUUCUCUGACUGUGAGCUGUUCACCUAUUUUCUGUGUUCCAAGCAUGUCUGGAUUGGAGUGUAUAUGUACUCAUUACAAUGCAUUAGCUGUUCUUGUAGGACUCCUGGCUAACACAGUAUUGGUGUGACUAUAGAUAUUUUUGUGUUACUAUUUUGUAAGAUAUGCAUAGUCGUUCUCUUUUUAAGUAGUCAUCCAGAACAUUCUCAUCAAUUUCUUAUUUGUAACGUGCAGUGUUUUUUUAGGUACUGGUGGGCAAAAAUUAUUGUCAGUAUUAGUGAGCUGCUGUACCCUGUCCUCUCAUUUGUUCCAUCGUCCUGAACCUCAGAACCUGAUGAUUUUGGCAUUGUUACAAGUGCCUUAAACUCAUGGCAUCUUCUAAUAACCGUUUGGUGUUAUGCUGCAUGGCUAAGACAAACACACCUCAAACUGUUGUCCUUUCUUAGCUUGCUAUGUUUUACAGUCCUUUCUGCUGACAAUUUCUACGCCUUUAUUAUAUAUUGAUAAAAUACAGAAAUGAUGACGUUGUUCUAAUGAUUUCUGUUCAUUGUACUGGAGCUGUGUGUCUGUUAAUGAGAUGCAGCAUCAUUUCUGUGAAAUGUAUAAAUGUAUGCGCGGGUCUAAUUAAUAUAUGGCAUACUAUCAGUCUGUAUACAGGUAUUACUGUUUUGCUAAGGUGCAAGUAGGAACUAUGACGUUACAAUAAAUAUCUGCUCUACACUA